UACGAAAACGGAAAAUUUGAAAUUUAUUUUCUAAAUAAUUGUAUUAUUAAAAUAAAGUUAAAGAAAAUUGAAUUGUUCCCAACUUUCAUCACUUAAAUACYGUGAACACUCUUUCAAUAAUUGUAUAAGAAAAACCUCACAAUAACUAACUUUAACUUGAUGUAGAUCACUUGGAGUCUUGUGGUUUAGUAAGAGAAAAAAAAUCUAGUUAAAAUGUGAAUAAAUACACCUCCAGGAAAUACUAUCAUAAAAAGAAAUGGUAACAGUAAUAGAAAAGGAUAUCUAGCAAAACUCACAUAAAAAGCUUUUAUAUAUAAGGCGCCAAAAUGAUCUUGUUUAAGAAGGUAGAAGAAUUAAACAAACUAUUUAUAAGAAACAAAGACAUGAAUAUGUUGUUGAAUGAACAAGAUAGAAAAACUUUAGACAAUUUGAUUAAUGAAUUAUCUGAAGAAGAUAUUAAUUCAAAUUUAUUUAAGACUAUAUUGGGACUACAGGAGAAUAAAUAUUCCAUUGAAAUAAUUUGGCGACUACAUACAAAACAAAUUAUUGACUUUACAGAAUUUAUCACAUGUUAUAAGUGGAAUCUUGAUCAUAUAGUUAAGACUCUUCUAUGUAUGUCUGAAUCUGAGGAAAAGCUAUGUCAAGAAAUUUUGACAGACUUAUUGGGAAGCCUAUUAAUUUUGUUGUCUGGAGAACCUAAUCAUGUAUUUGAUCAACACAUACAAAUUAUUCAACAGUUUUUAACUCAAUCRAGCUUAAUAAUCACAAAAAAUCAUGAUGGAUGGAUCUAUUUGAAAAAUCUUAAAUGUUCAUCAUUUUUAACAAAAUCGACAGCUCAAAAAAUAUUCAAAAUAAUUUUAAAGAACAUGCUUGUAGCUGAUAUUGAUUUUCAUUUAAAUGUUGCAUAUGAACAAUAUAGAUUAUAUAAAACUCCAGAUUCUGUACACAACAUGCUUAAAAUGUUUUUGGAAGAAAUUGAUGAAGAUGUUGUAUAUGUAUUAAUUCAGAAUGUCCUAACGCAGUAUGCAKAAAAAGCCAAUUGGAAAUUGUUAUUGUCUUUAAUUUCUACAUUUGUUAAAACAAAAUCUAAUCUAUGUCACGUGUUAAAAUUGAAAUUAGAAGAAUUUUUCAAUCAAACACUGUCCCAAUCAACUACAGAAAAAAGUUUCAUAACCCGAAAGGCUGCUUUAUUAAUUUUUCGUCAAUGUUGUUUGGAAAUUGGUCUUUGGUCAGAAUACAGCAGAUGGUACAGUUCAUAUAAACCAAAUGUAGAUACUGCUAAAGUAUUCUACUCUUUACUCACUGAAUUAUUGCCCAUCGAUUUACCUGCUGCUUUAGCAGCCCAUAUUAAUACUCAACCUAAACUAACAGAAUCUUGUGGAGAUAUACAGUMUGAUUAUGUCAAAAAAGCCCAAGCCCAACUAAUCAAAAUAAACCAUGGAGAAGAUUACAUGGGGUUGUUUAAAAAUUACGAUGAUUGUCAGAACCGUCAUGAAGCAGACAUURUCAAAGUACUCGAGCACUUCAAAUCAACUGGUCAAAUAAUGCGGGUCGUCUUAGAAGCAUGUGUUUUUAGAAACAAAUAUUUUAUUGGUACAUUCCUUAAAACUUUGAUGAAUACCCAAUUGGUAGAUGAUCAGUUACGGAACAAUUUUAUUGAAAAACUAAAUAGUAUGAAUAAAAUUCCUAAAAAUAUGUAUACAAAGUGGAAACAAGAGCAACAAAGUAUCUAUUUUUCAUAAACCAAGUAUUUUUUGUAUAUUAUGCUCAAUAAAAGUUAUAUUGUUUCAUAAA